UCUUGCUAGUGGUUUGAGAAUUGUUUGGAGUAGGUUUGUUCUAAGUUUAUAAAAUGACGGUCGAUCUAUACCAUAUGGCAGCUAGUGGACCAUGCCGGGCUGUUCGUAUGGUUGCUGAGCUUAUUAGUGUUAAUUUAAACCUAAAGGACGUUGACAUACUGGCUGGGGAACAAAAUAAACCCGAAUUCUUGAAGAUGAACCCGCAACACUGUGUACCAACAAUUGAUGAUGACGGAUUUUACUUGUGGGAAAGCCGAGCUAUUAUGCAGUAUUUGAUAAAUAAAUAUGCUCCAGACAGUUCUCUAUACCCUAAGGACCCUCGGCAGAGAGCAAUGGUGGAUAUGAUGUUGUAUUUCGACAUGGGGACUCUAUACAAGACUCAGGGAGAGCUCUUUUACCCUCAAGCCUUUAAAGGGGAAGCUCCAGAUCCAGAAAAAGAAAGUAACUACAAAACUGCGUUAGGUUAUUUGGAAACGUACCUUACAAAAACUUCCUAUGUGGCUGGAGACAAGCUCACCUUGGCAGACAUUUCUGUCGUGGCUUCUCUAUCGAUGAUGGAAGUAUUGGAUUACGAUUUCCAAAGUUUCCCAAAACUAUAUUCGUGGAUGGCAAAAAUGAAGAAAGAAAUUCCCAAUUACAAAACUAUGAACGACGAACCUCUCGAAAAAUUCAAGGCAUGGGUGAAGUCUAAUAAGAACCAAUGAAAUUUCUAGUUGCUGUUUUUAAGUUAUCUAUUAUUGUAAUUUAAGGGUUAUUUUAUUUAAUAUUACUAAUUGGUUUCUUUUUGCUUGUAACAUUUUCAUUAUUUAAAUAAAAUUACUUUGGAUCUAGAAUUGCACUCUAUAAAAGCUCUAAUUAGUUGUAAGUACGUACCUAAAAUUGG